ACAGCUGUUAUAACUUUCUUACGGCGUGCAAAACAAUUUAUUUUUAAUGUUAUUUUUUUAAAUUAAAUGUUAAGCAUUAUUUGCAAGGGAUAAUUCUGUAAAGAUAGCAAGGAUCUGUCCCUUCUUUUACAAGUUUCUCUUAGUUUGACAGUAUAACAACAUUCUCAACAAAACAUAUAAGCGACUAUGCCUUAAAUGCAAAGAAUAAUGCAUAUUUUAUAUCGAAAGAAUGCCGUGUAGCACCAAGAAGACUGUAUCGGAUUUCUAAUGUGUCUUAUUUACAAACCCGCUUGAAUUUAAAUAUACAAUGAUAAGCCAAUAAGAACACAUUUUAGUAGAGCUACAAUAUAUAUUUAUAUCCACAUUUUGAGACAAAAUUUUAGUUCUGUAGUGUUAGCCAUGAGCGAUCAAAAAACGGUGGAUCUGCUGUGGAACUGUGCUGCCAAACUAACCGACCAAACCCACACAGAACGGCUUCUAAAGUCGUAUUACAUAACCACCUGCCGAAAGCUGGCCCGGCACAAUGUCCAGUUGCCCGAGGACAGCUUCGGACCCGCACGCAUGUGCUCCCGCUGCGGCAACCAGUGGACCGACGGUCGCUACCAACUCCACCUCGAGCCACAAAGGCUGAGGCAGAGUGCCAAGAACCGGAGACUCAUCGCCCAGCUGGAAGCCGUCAAGGCCAAACCAACAAAGGGCGAGAUGAGCAGUGGAGCCAGGAAACGGGCCAAGUGGCUGAAGAAGCGCAUGGCCAGCCAAAUGGCCGUGGACUGCGAGGUUUGCCGGCACAAGACAAUGCUGCCGCUGGAGAAGGCCAGAAAGCGCGCCAAACUCAUAGCCACGGAGGAGACAAUGGCAACCACAACACAACCUGCGGCAGCGGGCCAGAACAAAAAGAAGGCCAAAAGGAAGAAGUCCCAAGCGCCGAAUAAAGAUAUCAAUGCAGGCCUGAAAAUUCCACAGCCGCAAAAAACGCAGCAACAGCCUCCCAAACAGCCAGCGCCGUCCAAAAAUGCUUCCCAACCAGUUGGAACGGCUUCCCAAAACCCAAGUCAGACGUCGAAGAAGAAAAAGAAGAAGCCAGCUCAGCCGGCGCCCGCCGCUGCCAAAACGCAGUCCAAGACCCAGAAGCAAAACGCCCUGCUGCAACUGGCCGCCCAGCUGAAAUCGAACGCGUUUAAAGACGCCAGCAAAUCGCAGCAGAACCGCCUGCAAGCCUUCCUCAAGUAGCGAUGAAAAUCGCUCCGACAAUGCAUUAAGCACAAAGAUUGUGGUUCGGCUGAAUGGAAAUACUUGUUGUGGCACAUAAUUAAGCGUUAGCACAAUACUAGAAUCAGGCUCUUUGUGCCGGUUGAUAAAGCCAGCCCAGGUGGGAACCUGUUAUCCAGUCGCCCGGUCUUCUGGGUCGAGUCACGCAACGGCUAUGCACUUAUCACUGCUGCCCGAGACGCGACCCAAGGUUGUCCAGAUAUUGCGCAGCCAACAUGGUCAGCAUGCUUAAUUUAUUUCUCGGAGCGCAACGUUUAAUUAAAAUUGAGUUGUUUGCCAUAGCGUCCCAUGAACGCGUCCUUCAAAGCUGCUCCCAAAAAGGGCAACGGAUCGGGCUCUCGAACAACAGCUCGCUUUAUCUGCCGCCAAUUGCACAAAGAGCACACGCACGGGAGAAGGCUCCAGUCCCAGAUUGGCUUCGACUUCGGCUUUCCUCGUUCCGCAAAGCAGACUCGGAUUUCUCGGCAGCUGCGGCAACAACAUCUGCCUGCCACAUUAGAAGAUUUCUGGUUUUACAGUCCAGCCUCUCUAUGUCGAACCACUUCAGCCAUGUUCAGAAUGUAGUUUAGAAAAUAGAACUCAUACUUUGAAUUCGAUUAGAAUAAAUUUUAAUAUUUAGGUAAAACACAGAACAUUUUCCAACCAUUCGAUAAAAAUGAUACUUGUAUAAAUUAUAUAACCAGGUAUCGAAAAUAAUCAAUAUUUUCGUUCGCUUACAAAUGAUUAUUUCUGAACAAUACAUACCAAAACUUUAAAUCGAGCGUUUUUGAUUUUUUUUAACACCGCUUAUGAUGAUUACGGUCCCUGGUUAUAACUUAUUUACCUGUUGACCUUUGUAAGUAGUAAGUCGUUGAGUUCGAAGCAAAUUAUUGUAUAUUAUGGCACAUAAUAUGGUUCUAGUUAGGGAAGUUCAAACGUAGUUGGUCAGCCUGUUUUGCUUUUGCCAAAAUGGGCAUGAUGUUCUAUAAAAUAUGAUAUCAGCGGCGGGAUCGUCUCUCUAAAUGUGGAAAGAACGAUAGAAUUUUUCGGCUGCCUACUCGAGGAUGGGAUCUGCGAAAGGAAGAUGCGCAAUGGGCGUGGGCCUCUAACUCCAGCAAGCCGGC